AUGGAUUCCGGCGAAUGUCUGCUGCGGGAGACAGGGAGUUGGCCUCUUGAUUUGAUAGCCACUCAGCAGCAGCAGCAGCAGCAGCAGCAGCACGACGCAGUUGCUGCGUCUCAGCAGCGACAUCGCGUGACAGAGCUGCUGGACUGCAGCAGCAGCAGCAGCAGCAGCAGCGAUAGCAGGGCCCCCCCAGGCUAUUUCUCAUAUUCCCUGGGGGACCCUGCGGGCCAAAAGCUGCUGCCGCAGAUUUACGGCAGCACUGGGGACCUCCAGCGAGGGGACAAAGGGGACAGCAGAUGGCUGGCAGGAGACGCAGCAGCUGCAGCAGCAGCAGCAGCUGCUGCUGCUGCAGCAGCAGACACGGGAACCCAGCUGCUGCCCGAUGACAAUGCGUUACUGCUCCCCGAGCGAGCCUUCGGGGGCUGGACAGCAGCAACAGCAGCAACAGCAGCAGCAGCAGCAGCAGCGGGAGGGCAGCAGCUGCUGAACUUGAGGAAGGAGGAGGGGAGGAGACACGGGAAAGGAGACUGCACUCCUGCAGCUGCUACUGCUGCUACUGCAGCAGCAGCAGCAGAAGGGCAGGGAGCAGCAGCAGCAGUGGCAGUAGCAGCAGCACUGCUGGGGAAGCAGCUCAACUACUGCGGGGGCCCAGCAGCAGCAGCUGCUGCUGGAGGGGCCCCCCUGCAGUUUGCUGCUGCUAACAGAGACAGAUAUAAUAAAGAGACGGGGGCCCCCUGCGGGUUCACAGAAGCAGCAACAGAAGACAGACAAGCAGCAGCAGCAGCAGCAGCAGCAGCAACAGCAGCAACAGAGAGACAAAGACACAAACAGAAGCAAAAACACAACAGCGCUCCUGAAGACGCCCUGCUGCCGCUGCCCCCCAUUGGCUUGCCAGCAGCAGCAGCAGUAGGGACUCCAGCCCUAUCCAGCAGCAGCAGCAGCAGCAGCAGCAGCAGCAGCAACAACCAGCUGGUGGACCUGGCGGGCCUUAUGCUGUCUCUGCAGAUGCAGCGCAAGGGCGAAGACAUGGGCGAUUGGCUCAGCAGCAAGGCGCUGCUGUCGCGGCUGGGUGCAGCAGCAGCAGCAGCAGCAGCAGGGAGGGGAGACUCCCCGUUUGCUGUUGGGGGCCCUGCUGCAGCGCCGCUGUACAGUAGCAGCAGCAACAGCAACGGCAGCAGCAACGGCAGCAGCAGCCGCAGCGCUUAUGGAAGAGUGGAGUUGACAGUAGUGGUUUGUGACAAAGAACACAGACAUCCGAACAGAGAAUGGACGGCCACCAGCGGGUACGGCUUCGUGCGCUUCGUCACUUCAGCAGAAGCAGCAGCAGCAGUUCAAGCAGCAGCAAUGGGGACUAUAAGACUAAGAGGCAGCCGCAUCCGAGCAACUUGGGCCCGGAAGGAUUCUUUAGCAAAGCAUUCCCUGGCAUCUCAGGGGCCCCCCGGGGGCCCCCAGGGGGCCCCCGCGGGGGGGGGCCCCCUGCAGGGUCAAACUCGUGCCAGAUAA